AUGACCCUAUUAUCCGGAGUUGAAGCUAAAAAAUCAAAUGACAACAUUGACAAGGAUAAGACUAUGUGGAAUGAUGUCCAACAACAAUCGGAUGAAGAGGUUGGGCAAACCUCAGGAGCUAAUGCUACAAAGAUUACUAUAGAAGUCAACCACAGUAUGAUGCAGGCCUCUUUUUGGAUUACUAUUGUUUAUGCAAAAACCAGUACAAGAAGAAGAAAGAACCUUUGGAAAUCUAUCAACAAUAUGAGUAACUAUAUCAAUGGACCAUGGUCUAUUGGAGAUUCUAGCUACACAGGUAACAAUUACACCUGGACUAAUGGAAGGAGAAGAAACAAUAUGAUUCUUCAGAGAUUAGAUAGAAUUUUCUAUAAUGAUCAAUGGUCAGCUAUCUUCCCAGUGGCUACUGUCAGACACUUGCCCAGAACAGGAUCUGAUCAUAACGUGAUGCUUUAUCAGUGCACCAAGUCCGAUCCUCCUCCUAUCAAGUACUUUAGAUUCUUAAAUUUUUGGCUGGAUCAACCUAAUUUCGAACAGGAAGAAGAAGGUGAUAGCAACUCCAAAUAUUUUUAUAGUGCCAUCAGACAGAAGAGGAAAAGAUCUUUUCUGCAUAGAAUCAAAGAUGAACAGGGUCAAUGGAUUCAAGGGAAUGAGAAAAUUGCAAAAGCUGCUAUCUCGCACUUCAGCAACCAUUUUUCACAACCUGAUCAGAACAAUGACAUUGGAUUUCUCAAAAGGAUUGACAAUACUAUCACUUGGGAGGACAAUCAAGCUCUCCUACAACUUCCUUCCGAUGAGGAAGUGAAAACAGUUGUCUUUGAGCUUCAUCCUGAUAGUGCAGCUGGUCCGGAUGGAUUCAAUGGAAGAUUUUUCCAUGCUUGUUGGCAUAUUAUUGCUGAUGAUGUGCGUGAUAUGGUUAAGGAAUUUUUUGAUGGUCCUCUGGGAAUUAAAGUAGGAUGCCAUUCAAUUGUAUAUACUAUAAAAGAAUGGAGGAACGUUCAGAAUAAGAAUGAUAUCCAAAGAAAAUUAUGUCAAGUAUUUCCUAUCUUUAUCUGUUGGGAAUUAUGGAAACAUAGAUGCUCUAUUAGGUAUGGAAACAUAAAUUCUACGAUUGCAAAACUAAGACAUUCUAUUUUGUUUCAUAUGAAGGUAUACAUGAAGAAGAUAGGGGCUACUGUGGAUAUGAAAUGGAAAUGGCAUCAAAUUUUCUCUUACAUGGAAGAUUAUAGGCCAAGAAUCACAAGCACUCCAGUUAUAUGGAAUAAACCACCAGAAGGUGUGCUAAAAAUAAUUACUGAUGGAAGCAGUAAUAUUACAAAGAGAACUGCGGGAAUUGGAGGAGUGGUUAGGAACAGAAAUAGAGAUAUGAUCAGGGCAUUUGCCUAAACUCUUCAA